AUGUGGGAGGUGAAAACUUCUUUCAUCUUAGCUGUCGGCACAUCUGAAAAUAAAUAUGUUACAAUUUGCAGUGGAGACGGAGGAUUAUAUGGCGAACUCCUACAAAAUCGGGCCUUUCAAGCAGUGAUUCCUGGUACACUGAACGCAUUGAAUGCCUGGCAACCUUUCAAUGGUGCUCGUUUAUCCGUGGUAUCUACCACAAAGGGUGUAUCCCCUUCCCUUCCGAAUAGUCUUCAAGUACAAUUUCCUAAAGUGGUCACCGGACCAAUCGGUUUUGAAAACACGGGUUUUUGGGGCAUCAAAGUACAAGAAGGAUGGACUUACACCGGAUCUUUCUAUGCAAAAUCUGAUACAUUUACCGGCGCUGUGAACGUUUCACUUAAAUCUACGCAGGGCACUGUAUUUUCAUCUGCUACGGUCAAAGGUGUUUCCAAAGAAUGGGAGAAAUUUUCCUUCCAGUUCCAGCCAACAACCUCGGCACCAAAUGAAAACAAUGUGUUUAACGUUGUUGUGGACGGAAAGGCAGCCGCUGGCCAGGUAAUUUUUUUCGGGAUGUUUUCCUUGUUUCCUCCUACUUUCCGGGGGCGUGAAAAUGGCAUGCGUAUAGAUUUGGCAGAGGCACUGGCUGCGACUAGACCAUCUGUUUGGCGCUUUCCCGGUGGAAACAACAUCGAGGGUAUGAGUUUUGACACUAGAUGGAAGUGGAACGAGACGAUAGGAAGACUCGAAGAUCGACCUGGAAGGCUAGCAGAUUGGGGAUAUUCAAACACUGAUGGACUCGGACUCUUGGAAUAUCUAAAUUGGGCCGAGGACCUUGAAGCUGAACCGAUCCUAGGCAUUUGGAGUGGUAUAUCCGUUGCUAAUUAUUCGGACUUAUCCACUUGGCCUGUUGUUCCCGAGGCAGAUUUGCAGCCUUACAUUGACGAUGCUCUCAAUGAAAUCGAAUUUAUAGUUGGCGAUGCAAAAACAACAAAAUUCGGUCAGCUAAGAGCAAGCCUUGGCCGAGAGGAGCCUUACUCUCUCAAAUUCAUUGAAAUAGGAAACGAAGACACAUUUCAAGCAGAUUCCUAUGCUUCCUAUCGAUGGAAGGCAUUUGUAGAUGCCAUUGGCGCCAAAUUCCCUCAAAUGCAAUUCCUUGCUACCACGUUGCCCUCAACCGCACUCACUCCUGCCUAUACUAAAAUUGAUUUCCACCAAUACAGCUCACCUUCUUGGUUUACAAAUGGAGCUUUCAUGUUUGAUGAUUAUCCUCGUAACGGAACACAAUUUUUUAUUGGCGAAUACGCAGUGACAUCUACGAACGACAGUAACGCUUUAGGCGACCUUCCGAGUGGACGUUUAGCAUAUCCCACUCUUCAAGGAUCGGUCGCUGAAGCCGCAUUUAUGACCGGCAUGGAACGCAACUCUGAUGUUGUGUUCGCUUCAGCUUAUGCACCGAGCCUUCAGCACAUCAGGAAUUUCCAAUGGACCCCAGAUAUCCUGACAUUCGACGCUACCAGGAUGGUCAAGUCGACAUCUUAUUAUGUGCAAGAGAUGUUUAGUGUGAAUCGUGGUACACAUGUACUCCAAACCUCUCCUGUAUCUUCUCCAGACAAUGCGCCAUUGUACUGGGUUGCUAGCAUCAACAAUGAAACAGAUGUAGUAUUCCUGAAGGUGGCAAACGCAGGGACUGCAGACCUCACAGCGUACAUAUUCCUAGAUUUUCCUAUCACCGGAACUUUGUCUGCAGUUUCAAUCAGCUCUCCCGCUCUCACACCCAUAGCAGGUCAAUUUGGCGUCUCGAACACCUUGGAUGCGCCCGAACAGAUCAUACCGGUGUCCAACACUUGGGCCGUCCCACUUCCUGAUCGGCUGAACUACACAUUCCCGGCCAUGAGCGUUACUGUGCUGACUUUACAGAGCCCCAAUUUCAAGAUAGCAUAA